GGGAGGAAUGGGUCAGAGCUGGGGCUGGGCGCCUGUUGCUGCCAGGCAAGACCAUUCUGGGCAAGGCGCUUGGAGUAGCGAUGCACGGGGGAAUUAGAGAAAUAAUCUGUCGCUGUUGAUCCCAGAGGCGGGAAUUUGCAGCGUCGUGCCAGGCCCCAGGCGUGGAAGAGGGGGAGAGCCAGGCCAGCGGACGUGUGAGUAGAGCUGCCGGCUGGAAUGCACCAGCUCAGCAAGGGAUUGUCCUUGCUGGGCCAGGCAGGCGCUGUGCCGUGAGCCUGGUGCCUGUCACAGCUGCCCAGGCCAUGGCGGCAGCAGACAGCUCCUCAGCCGCCCUCCGGCGCCACGACCUGUGCAGCCGAGGCAUCCGCCUGGCUGGGAAGAUGCGCUCGGAUGUUGUCGACCUCCUGGACACCUAUGUGGAGCGGCAGGGCUUGGAUGCCUCAGCCAGCGUGGCGGUGGUGGAGGGGGUGCCGGUGGCAGCAGUGGAGCGCUGGGAUGAGCAGACGGGGACCCAGCGGCUGCUGGAGAACCUGGCGGCAUACCGGACCUUCCGGGCCCUGCUGGCCCAGAUGCUGGAGGAGCAGCGGGAGCAGCUGGGUGAGGCUGACGCUGUCCUGGGCCGGGCGCUGGCAGCCGUGCUGCUCCAGGUCUCAGCCUUCGCCUACCACCUUGAGGAGCUGCUGCGGCUGGAGAGCCGCGGGCCCCCCAGCGAGGAGGGAGCUGGCCCCCCCCCCCCCUCCCACCUCGGCCUCUUUGAGAGGAAGCUGUGGGGCCUGGGGGUGCUGCGGGAGCUGGCCCAGUGGGCUGUCAGGUCUGCACGGGACCUGCGGCAGCUCACUAAGCCCAGCCCGGGCAGCAGCUUGGCCCCCAGCCCAGCUGAGAACCCUUGAAGGCAGGCACGGGGUGGGGGGCUUGGCCCCUGCUGGGGCAUAGCAGGGGCCCCUUGCCCACCCCUGUGGAGGGCUGCUGACAGCAAAGGGGGUUGUUCGUGGAGGGGGGCGGACAGGAGGGACCACAUCAUUAACCCAUGGGUCCCCCAUGCUUUUGGUGCCACCACUCCCUGUGGGCCCCUUUCCCUGUGGGGAAAAUGAGGCACGGGCCGCACUCCGCCCCGGAGGGAGUGGGGAUCCCCAGGCAGGGCGAGCCUCAGGGGUGGCUCAGGCUCUGCCUGCUGGGGGGUUGGAAUUAUCCCCCAGGAAGCAGCUUUGCCGCUCACCCUGGGGCCCAGAGGCCGUGACCCUUAGCAAGCUGCAGUGGUGCUGGGCUUUUCUUUGAAAUUAGGUCGCUGCCCGGCUUGCCAUGGCCAGGUGCCACCUCUGGCGGACAGUAGCUGUCUCAGGACUAUCGCGGAGGCAAGGCAGGAGCAAAGGGACAGAAAACUAUGGCCUGGUAAAAGGAGUCUUGGGACCUGCCCCCCAGCUGCAAGAUGCAAGGCUUUGCUGCCUUCACGUGGAUGCUUUUCUCCCACCCGGCUCGCAUUUUCUGCACAUUGAAUUUGUGCUCUAACUGCUUGGGGGCUUUUUCAGGAGGGGGGAUGUGGGGUUGUGAUCAGGAUGGGAUUUCUUAACCACUUGGACAAGGUAACGGAGAGGAUCUUUUAACUGAAGGCUGUGAUUCAGAAGACCCUCCAUAAGGAGGUUUUUGCCUCCAGGGGUUAUUUCGGGACUGGAAAUGGCACGGAGGAUUAAACAGCCCCAACCACAUCGCUCACCGUGUGAAGGGGAAUGCCACGACGUUUCACAGCUCCCCGGGCCGUGGUUUUCUUGCUGAGUGGAUGUGAUGGCUGAUGGCUGCCGAGCGAAUAAAAGGGCUGAGAGAUCUA